AUGGUGACUAUAGCCCUCUCCACGCCCACUCCGGAGCCUGACCAGAAGAUGAGCUUCGGUGGUGCUAUAUUCCACGGUUGUUUCAGCUGUGAUUCUGCUGCGCACGGAGUUCUGCGCGAAUUGGGUGGUAGCAAUUCUAUCAAUAUGAAGGAGUAUCAGGCUCGUUUUGGCUCCCUAUCCAGCCCGGUGAAAGACUUACCACUGAAAUUUGAAGAAUAG